UAGAUCUUUACGGCGACACUAAUUUCAAGGAUUCAUAUAAGUCGAUAGACUUCCGAUCCUUACAACUGAAGACUAGAGAUAUUGAACAUCUGAAGUUGCUCCUGAAGCUCGUGGUUGAUUUGUAGGUUGCGUGUCUUGUGUCAUCAUGGAACAAUGUGUAGCUGAUUGUCUUAAGAGUGAUGACUGUGUGAUGAUUGUAUGGUCGGGCGAAGUUCAAGAAGACGUUAUGCGUGGUCUACAAGUGGCUGUUUCUACAUAUGUUAAGAAGCUGCAGUUCGAAAAUCUGGAGAAAUUCUUGGACAUUUCAACUGUAGAUAGUCAGUUUCACGAUUUUUCUGUCAUACUAUGUGGUUGGCCUAACUCGAUAGGCGUAAACAUACUCAAACUUGGCUUGCUAUCAAACCUUUUAUCCUGUUUGCGACCUGGUGGGCGAUUUUUUGGUCGUGACCUAAUUACGGGUGACUGGGAUUCUUUGAAAAAGAACCUAACUCUUUCUGGGUACAUAAAUCCUUACCAGUUGUCAUGUGAAAACCACUUAAUAUUCAGUGCCUCUGUUCCAUCCAAUUAUACGCAGGGUUCUAGUGUCAAACUUCCGUGGGCUAACAGUGAUGUCGAGGCGGCUUGGGAAAAUGUUGAUAAUACAUCUGACGCCAAUGGAAACAUUAUAAAUACAAAUUCACUUUUGCAAAAAUCAGAUUUGAAAACUCCUUUGGCUGUCUGUGGCAAAGACCCUGCUACUGAUUCAGAUGGAAAAAAGAAACGGGCUUGUAAAAACUGUACAUGUGGCUUGGCUGAAAUUGAAGCAGCGGAAGAAGUUAAAUCUGACGUCCCAAUAUCGUCCUGUGGAAAUUGUUAUCUCGGGGAUGCUUUCCGAUGUUCUACAUGCCCUUACCGUGGGCUUCCACCAUUUAAGCCUGGCGAAAGAAUUCUAAUACCGGAUGAUGUUUUGAAAGCUGAUUUGUGACAGACGUAUAUACACUUUGCAGACUAGUCUAUUGUGAAUCUCCGUAUGUCCUUACUGUUAUAACAAACCAUACUUCUUGACUUUCUCGAUGAAUUUUGUUAUAUUUAUCGUCUUCACCAAACAUUUCAAAUAGUAUAACUUCUUACUUGGACUGAGUGUUUAUGAUAUACGUUA